AUGGCAGCCCCUCGCUCUCGCGGCCGCCGCGGCGCCAAGUCGGCCAAGGCCCGGGCAGCAGCCUUGGCGGCGCUCAUGGCCCCGACGGCCUUUGCCAACGAGGACGACCCCGUCACCGUCGAGGUCGUCGUCACCACGUACCUCGAGUUCGGGGCCUGCGCCAAUCUCUGCUCCCCGGCCUUUCCCACGCUCGAGGCUGCCCAUGCUCCGCCCGCGCCCCCCGACGUGACGCUCACCUUGCCGGCCAGGAUCCCGGACGCCGCCGUCUCGACAAAGGCGGCCAGCUGCCCCGUCUGCCCCGGAACCGUCUUCUCCUUCCAGCCGACCGACGUGCCAUACUACACGCUCACGUCGAGCGGCGACUAUGCUUCGCCCACCGUGUCGAUCGUCCAGCCGACCUGUGCCACCUGUCACGGGACAGUCAUCAUCUGCGAGCCCACCAAGGCGGCUGCUGGGAGGUUUGGGGUUCUCCCCGGCGGAGGUGCUCCCAAGGGCGGUUCUCCCGGUGAUGGUGCCCCCGGCGGCGGUGCCCCCGGCGGUCCCGCGGUCCCCAAGUUCCUGCCGGGAGCCAAGGACAGCGACCCCCGCGUCACUCUGGCCCCCAUCAACCCAGGCGAUCGGGCGACGGUUGUCGUCGGAAACCACGGCUUGCUGGGCGCGAUUCCCACGUUGACUCUGCCCAAUGCCCGCCCUGAGGAUCCCACGGUCACUUUGCAUCCGACCGGCGCAGAUCAGCCGGCCAUCGCUGUCAUUGGCAACCUGAAGGGCCUCGUCAAGCCUACGAUCACCCUCCCAGGCGCUAGGCCCGAUGCUCCCUUGACGACAUUUCCUCCGACUGGCCCUGGCUUGCCGGCGUUGGUAGUUAAAGGAGACCUCAACAAGUUAAAGCAGGGCGUCAUUCCCACGGUGACUCUGCCCAACGCGCACCCCGGGGAUCCCACUUUUACUUUGCACCCGACCGGCAAAGGUCAGCCGCCCAUCGCCGUUGUUGGCAACCCGAAGGACCCCGUUAGCCCUACCAUCACUCUUCCAGGUGCUGCGCCUGACGCGCCCCUGAUUACCUUCCCCCCAACUGCCCCUGGGUCGCCGCCGGUGGUGGUCAAGGGAGAUCUUGACAAGUUGAACAAGCCGCCGUACGGGUCCGGAGGCGAUGGUAACAAGAACGGUGGAAAGCCGGGGGCCAACACCAAUAUUCCCACGCUGACGCUGCCUAAUGCCGGUCCUUCGGAUCCAAUUGUCACUUUACAGCCGACUGGAAAGGGCCAGGGCCCUAUUGCUGUUAUUGGCAAGACGGAUGGGAUCGCCACGCCUACCAUCACCCUCCCAGGUGCUGGGCCUAACGCGCCCCUGACCACGUUGCCCCCGACUACCCCUGGGUCGCCGCCGGUGGUGGUCAAAGGAGAUCUCGACAAGUUAAACAAGCCGCCAUAUGGGUCUGGAGGCGAUGGUAACGAGAACGGUAGAAAGCCGGGGGCCAACACUAAUAUUCCCACGCUGACGCUGCCUAACGCCGGUCCUUCGGAUCCAAUUGUCACUUUACAGCCGACUGGAAAGGGCCAAGGCCCUAUUGCUGUUAUUGGCAAGACGGAUGAGAUCGCCACGCCUACCAUCACCCUCCCAGGUGCUGGGCCUAACGCGCCCCUGACCACGUUCCCCCCGACUGUUCCCGGCUCAUCGUCGGUGGUGGUCAAGGGAGAUCUGAAGAAGCCGCCAUACGGCUCCGGGGGUGACGGUGGUAAAAACGCCGAAAAUCCUGGGCUCAAUACCAACAUUCCCACUCUGACGCUGCCCAACGCCCGUCCCUCGGACCCGAUAGUCACUCUAAAGCCUACCGGCAAGGGCCAGGGUCCUGUCGCUGUUAUUGGCAAGACAGACGGGGUCGCCACGCCUACUAUUACCCUUCCAGGUGCCGGGCCAAACGCGCCCCUUACCACGUUUCCCCCGGCUGUCCCUGGCUCGCCCCCGGUCGUGGUAAAGGGAGACUUGAACAAGCUCCCAUAUGGUUCCGGACCGGACAAUGGGAAAGAUGCUGGAAAGACCGGGGUCAAUACCGACAUCCCCACUCUGACGCUGCCCAACGCUCGCCCUUCAGACCCGAUAGUCACUCUGACGCCCACUGGUAAGGGUCAGUCGCCUUUCGCUGUCAAAGGAAACCCGAAGGGUCUCGUCAACCCUACCAUCACGCUCCCAGGUGCCGGGCCCAACGCACCCGUAAUCACACUCCCACCGACUUCCCCUGGCUCGCCCCAGCUCGUCAUUAAGGGAGAUCCCAAGAAGCUGAACGAGCUUCCCGAUGGCCCCCUCGUCGGCGUCGACACCAACGGCGACGGCAUUCCGGAUGUUGUCCUCGGCCCGCACGGCACUGUGGACAUCAACGGAGACGGCAAGCCCGACUUCACCAUCCUGCCCGGCGGUGGCGUCGAUACCGACGGAGACGGAAAGCCAGAUACUAAGCUAGAUAAGAACGGGGGCUUCAACAGGAAUGGCGGUGACAAGCCCGACACGACGCUCGUUGUCGGGCCCGACGCGGUGGACACCGACAAAGAUGAGCUCCCAGACGUCAACUCCGGCGAAUACCCCAAGGUUGGCGGCAAAGGGGACAAGAUCCCAGACAAGAGCGGCGGCAAAGGCGACAAGGUCCCGGAUAAGAGCAAUGGAAAAGGGGACAGGGUUCCAGAUAAGAACGUCGGGCCCGGUGCCCCGGUGGACACCGACCUAGACGGACGCCCGGAUACCAAGGUUCAACCCAACGGGGACAUUGACACCAACGGAGAUGGCAAGCCUGACGUCAAGGUCCUGCCCGACGGAGGAGUCGACACCAACGGAGACGGCAAGCCGGAUACCAAAGUCGGCCCGGGCGGCGCCGUUGACACUGACGGCGACGGAAAGCCCGAUCUUGUCAUCAACCCAAGCAAUGUCCCCAACGUCGACAGUCCGAGCUCGAGUCCCAGCCCUGUUAGCCCGAAGCCCGUCCCAGACGCUGAAUCCAGCGGAUCCCCCAAGGUCGACGGCAAAGGGAACAAGAUCCCCAAUAAGAGCUCUGGACCCGGUGCCCCCGUAGACACGGACCUAGACGGACGGCCGGAUACCAAGGUCCAGCCUAAUGGGGAUAUUGACACCAACGGAGAUGGCAAGCCCGACGUCAAGGUUCUUCCCGACGGAGGAGUCGACACCAACGGAGACGGCAAGCCGGACACCAAGGUCGGCCCGGGCGGCGUUGUUGAUACCAAUGGCGAUGGAAAGCCGGACCUUGUGAUCAACCCAAGUAUCCCCAACCCCGACGACAAAGCGGACAAGAACCCAGAUAAGAACGUCGGACCCGGUGCUCCUGUGGACACUAAUCGAGACGGGCGGCCGGAUACCAAGGUCCAGCCUAACGGGGACAUUGACACCAACGGAGAUGGCAAGCCCGACGUCAAGGUUCUUCCCGACGGCGGGGUCGACACCAACGGAGACGGCAAGCCGGACACCAAGGUCGGCCCGGGCGGCGUUGUUGAUACCAACGGCGACGGAAAGCCGGACGUUGUCAUCAACCCAAGCUAUGUCCCCGUUAGCGACACUUCGAAGCCGACCCCAAGCCCCGUCGGCCCGGAGCCCGUCCCCAACGCCGGCAGCCCAAGCCAGAACCCCAGCCCUGUCAGCCCGGAGCCCGUCCCCAACGCCGGUAGUCCCAGUCCGUACCCCAGCCCCGUCGACACGAAGUCCAACCCCCCCCCGAUCGUCCUCCCAGUUCCGGUUCCGGUCAACCCCCAGCCCGAUGCCAAUAACGAAAAGCCCGCCCCGGUCAGCAAGGGUAGCUUCAACGGAACCAAGCCCAGCCUCACGCCAGGCGGCAAAGGUCCCGUGCCCACCAAGCUGCCCCCCGGCACCCCGAACCAGGAUGGCAUCCUCCCGGCUGAUGACCCGAGCCGAUGCAACGGCGUACUCGGAUCGCUGGGCUGCAUCGUCGCCGGUGGUGUCGAUACGGUCGAGGGCACCGCCAAGGGGGUUGGCGAGGCGCUCGGCAACCUCUUGGGGAUGAAUGGGAAGAAACCCCAGACUCCCAGCGCUGUGGCCCCUCCGCCAUCGCCCGACAGAGGCAACCCUCCGAGCAACCCGAACGCGGAAACCUCCCUGAGCAACCCCAACGAGGGAACUCCCCCGAAUGAGAACGCCAACAAGGGAGCCCCUCCGAGCACCCCGAACAACGAAACCCCGGCCCAGACCCCGGACAAGGUGGGACAGCCCAAGCAGCCCGCCGAAGUGCCUCCUCCUUCAUCACCCGACUCAGGUAACCCCCCAAGCAACCCGGACGCGGGAACCCCCCCGAGCGUCCCCAAUAAAGAAACCCCGGCCCCGACCCCAGACAAGGCGGAACCGCCCAAGCAGCCCAGCGAUGUGCCCGCUCCGUCACCGUCCGAUAAGGGCAGCCCCUCGAGCAACCAGGACGAGGGAACUCCCCCGAGCCCUCCCAAGAAGGAAAACCCAUCCAAGAACCCGAGCAGCGGACAGUCGCCCAAACAGCCUAGCAAAGUACCCUCUCCGCCGACGGCCACCAAGAAGAACAGCCAGCCAACGCCAACUGGCAAGGGCCGGUGCAACGGCCUCCUGGGAUCCAUCGGCUGCAUUGUCGCCGGUGGCGUCGAAACGGUCGAUGGCGCCGUUGACGAGGUCGGCUCGGCGCUGGGCGGCCUCCUGGGGCGUGCGGAGGUGGUUGCCCAGUAA